AUGGCGUCUACUCCAAAGCCAGAGGCAUCAGAGCAGUCGGCAAGCCAGGAUCGGCCCAAAUGCACCCCCCCCGAGCUACUAUUAAAGGUUGUCCUUGCAGGUACCUUGAGCCAUUACGAAACUCGUGGAAUGAUCGAUGAUAAAAAAUUGGAGCAUAUGCUACUUGCUGGGAAACAGAUUCUUUACAAGAGUCAUCAAGAGAGUGAUGUCAGGCAGAAUCUCGGCUUCUCUCCUGCGGUAUGGCAAGGGCUUACAGAUGUGUUGACAAAAGCUAUUCCUGUUCUCGAAUCUCAAUCAUUCGCUUGGAAAACUCCGACGACUGCAAAUUACGACGGAUCGUCUGCUAAUUUGAUCGCGUAUAAUUAUCUCUCCCUGGUAAAAGAUAUUGAACGUUUAAAUGAUUUAUGCACGAUAGCGCGCAACCUGCUUGCUACCACAAAAAGAGCCCAAAAUCUAGCGGCAGAGAAGGGAUUUGACCAGCGCAUCUUAAUGCUCAUUGACACUUGCGUCCGAGUCACAGCAAGAGGUUAUGAUGGUGAAAGUAACCAGAGAAACGAGGAAAGGUGGCAGAAGGUAGUUAGUCUUUAUAAAAGACUGCUGAUAACUUGCCUACAAUUCCUUCAUAACUUCAUUAUGCACAAUGAGCACCGAAAACUUGUUCUAUGGUUAGACCUAUUUGGCUAUCAUCAAAAUGGAGAGUCAACUAUCAUUACCCACAUGGAGCCAUUGGACCAAGCUCAUGCUACUGUGCAGGGAGUUGCCCCUAUUGUAAGAGCUGGUGAGCGGUUGGUAAAUCCGCCCUUAAGGACACUCUACGAUCAAACUGCCGAAGACCUUUUGCUCGAAACGAUUUCUACAUUUCCUAGGGAACCUGCUACUAUUAAAGAAGAAGCUGCCAUGCUCCUUCUAGCAAACAUCAAGGAUCAUAUGGAGAAAUUACUUGGAAGAAACCUAAAAGAAAUCCAGCAAAUGGGUAAGGACCCGGAGCGUGUUAAGGAGAUUCGCGCCGCGCUUACUGCAAUUCUCGGUGCAAAGGUUGAUGGCUGGGCAGAACUGAAUGAUCGUCAUGGUGGACUGAGGAGGGAGGAAGAGGAAACACGCAAAAAGCCCAUUCUAAGCAUUGACAGGUCUGCUACUACUGGAUAUCCGCGCACUUGUUGGACUGAUCUACCUGAUCUAGACGAAUAUGGUGUCGUUGCAGCAGCCGAUGCACCAGUAACAGCCGAGGAUAGGAUAAUGACUCGUUCUGCCCAGUCUGCUGCAGAGACACUGCAAGAAGCGAAGGAUGAGUUAAUGGCGCGCUUACAAGAGACGUCCCCCGAUAUAGUGGAAGGAGACGCUCACUACGAUUCUACUGAGCGCCGUGAUAUUCGGGCGGGAAGUGAACCACCGGGGGCCAACUCAAUGGCAAAUGCUAGCGAAGGCGAAGAGGAGGACGAGGAAGACGACGACGAAGACUACAGAGGCCGGCCUGGCGACCAGCAGCGAGGCUUGCUCACUGAUAUUCCACUUGUUUUGGGUCCUUCAGAGAUUGAGGCCCUACCCAUGAUCAUCCAGGCUGGUAUCGUCGAUAGUUUUGGGCCCAAGGGUCCACAGAAGCCAGGAACUAAGAACAUGCAAGCAGUUAGAUGUCAUAUUCUUCUUGCGCAAGAAACUGGCCGGAAUCUUCUUAGAGAACUUUUAAUAUUCAUUGCCGCAUGGGAUCUUCCUGACGAUGAACUAUACUUCAAAAUGAUGGUCCAAAUUAUGGAAGCUGUUCUCAAAAACGGCUUAAUGUCCUGCGCUUACUCUGACUUUGGCCAGGCGAAAGAUAUCAUUUCCCCAGCUCAAGCUGUUGUUAUCAAAAUUUUAACCCACAUAUUCAGGGCAAAGUACUCACCACCAAACAUUGCCUCAGCUACUGAAACACCAACUGGCCGGAGCUCCGUCCCCGUUACAAAAGUGGAUGUUCUGACUGUACGCUACAUUUUCACUAUCUUCCGUGGAAACAUAAUUCCCGAAACUUGUGCUCUCAUUUAUCUUCAGGGCCAGAUUCGAGCCGGCCAUGCUCUCUCAGAGGAUUUUCCACUAAAUCUAUGGGAUAUGGAGCGUGUAUACGAAGGAGUAUAUCAGUUCUUGGAAUUCUUCGCUGUCCUAACCGAAAAUACUGAGUGGAAGAAUCUUCUAGUUCAGUGGGAAAUCGUGUAUGACCUAGUUACCCUAAUCAAAGAAUUAGAAGUUAGCAUUCCCAAAGGAAGUCUGAGCGCUCUCACUGCCGCUGCUACAUCGAGGGCCCCUCAGACCUCUAAAGACCCAGUUCAAGCUGGUACCGUUGGCCCCGUCGCUGUGGAACGCCCAUAUGAGCCAAACGACCCUGAUUCAGCGGAUGCAGCCACCGUCAGCGCGGAAUCCAGAGAUCCAUCGCCUCCAAUGGGCAACGAAGAUCCUUCCGAGUUCGAGUGGCGAAAUCUCAAGAAACUCGUCAUUCUUGUCCUUUCCUCGCUAGUUUGGAAAUGCCCGGAAGUACAAAAUCAGAUACGCAAGCACGGUGGUGUUGAAACAAUCCUGUCAUGCACGAGCUUUGAUGCACAUAACCCUUAUAUCAAAGAGCACGCUGUUAUGUGCUUGAAAUUCUUGCUUGAGGGAAACAAAGAGAAUCAAAAAGUUGUUGAAGAGUUGGAGGCUCGUGAAGUUAUGAAGGAUGACGGUGGUUUCCUAGAAAGAAGUGGUUAUGAAGCCGUGCUCGACGAUGUUGGCAAGCUGGCGAUCCGUAAAAAAGAGGCAGAUGUAUCUAUCGCUGGUCCAUCAGGUGUUGAUGGUACAUAG